AUGGCGGCAACACCCGACCUCGAAUUCAAGGGAAGUGUAUCAGGCAUUCUUGAUGAGCGAACGACUCGUCCGCGACGGAGCAAGGGAAAAGCCGCUACGGGCAAGGCAUUGAACGGACCGCGUCCUGUGAGAAAGGGGUGCAACGAACCUUCAGAGGCGGAUGUUGUGAAGGGCAACGCUACUACAGAGAAGACAUCAGCGGUCUCUCCGAUGCCGAUCGACCCUCAUGAUAGUCAAGCAGUGGUGAGCACUCCUUACGAAGAAGUCGUCGAGCGCCAGUCCUAUGGGUCCUGUUCAAACGACCAAGAUCGAAACGUGACGAACACUCAGCAAGAACUAGCAAUCGACGUCAGCACUCCGAUGCCGAUCGAUCCUCAAGAGAGUCAAGCUGUGGUGAGCACUUUUCACGAAGAAAUCGACCCUCAAGAGAGUCAAGCUGUGGUGAGCACUCUUCACGAAGAAGUCGUCGAGCGCCAGUCCUAUGGGUCACCAACAAACGACCAAGAUCGAAACGUGACGAACACUCAGCAAGAUCUAGCAAUCGACACCAGCACUGACGAGGAUACUGCGACAGCUGAAUCUGAUUUCGUCAUCAACCAGAACCUCGAAGUUGCAAACAAGUUCUUAAGCCGAUUCAAAACUGCGCGGUCUGGCUACCAUGAGACUGUGAUCAAGGAGCAGCGCGUGUUCGCUCAAAUCGCAUACGAUUCUGGAAACAUGACUGGCGUAUUAAACGCCUUCAUGAAGAGUGCUGAAGCUACAGCUCAACUCGCUCGAUUCAAGGACCGUGCCGGUACACCACAUGAAGGGUUUGUUGCAGUCGCCUCCCGCAUGGAAGACUUAUUCGCCGCAUUUGGCGGAAUGCUCCGGUUUGAUCCGGACCCUGAAGCAAUGGACGACGGGCCUAGCGUGGAAUUCGCACAAGCCAGGAUUCGAUCUGCCAAACGCAAAUACCAGGUGGCCUUGAAUGAGCUGGUCUCGCAGCAGCCCAACAUGGAUGACCCGGAUGUGCCACUGCUCAAUAACAAGAAGUUCUUUGGUAAGAUGAAUUAG